AUGUCUCAAAAACGCGCCAAUAAAGAACAGAGACUUCACAAAACUUUUAACCCUGUCUUCACUAAUGCAAGUGCUUUCUAUCAUUCUCAAAAGAUACCAGAGAUUACAACUUCUAUUCAAGAUACUUUGAAUCCUUCUUCCUCUACACAAAUAUCUAAAAUUCAAGAAAAGCUUACUUUUUAUUGUCAAAAAGCUAUGAUUACAGAUUCCAAAUUGAUUGAACAACAAGUUUGUGAAUAUAUUGCACAAAUGACUAAAAAAACAUCUGGUGAAUAUAAAGCAAAUUCAGUAAAACAAGCUGUUGAUGCUAUUAAACAUCAUUUGGUAAAAGUUUCUUCAAUACUCAGAAUUAAUUUAUAUAAUAAAUAUGAGUUUUCAGAUUUAUUUACUGUUUUACAUAGCAAAAUAAAAGAUUUUCAAGAAAAAAGAUUUGAUGAAAAAGAGGGAUCAAUGGCGUUGACUGCACAGCAAGUUCAAGAAAUUCUUGCUGAUGACUUUCUUAAUUCUAACACCCCUAAAGGUCUUUUAUACCAUGUAUUUUUUCGAAUUGCAACUAACUUUGCAUUUCGUGGUGGUGAACAUUAUAAUCUUCAUUAUGAAAUUGAAGGAGGAGCUGCACAGAAUAUUCAUCUUUCUCCAAAUUCAGAAUCAGCUAAUAAUAUUAAAAAAAUUGGUCUAAACAUCCUAGUGGAUGCUAAUGUUCUAGAAGAUGCUAUAAUAGAAGUAACAGGUCACAAAAGUAUUUAA